AUGCCAAUUGAUGACAAUAACGCUGGUGACGAGAGUAAGAAAGAGCUCUUAGAAAGGCUCAAACACCAGGAUUUAAACCUGAGCUGGUUGACGCGUCCUGGGGGUGUCAGUAACGUCAAACCAGAGGAAGACGAGGAUCGGAAGGAAGAACGGGCCAAAAGCCGAGAUGGAUUGGUUAAAGGGGCCAGGAGAGGUGAGAGACGUAUGUCAGAUGUGGGGGCAAAGUCUCAGAGACUUGACGAUACGAGUAGUGACGCUAGGGCGUUACAAGUAUCAUCUGCGAGGCGAAAAGACGUUAAGAAUGAAGGCAGUCCAGAAGAUAGAACCUCGGUGGUGAUAGGACCGAACAGGGUCUUGAGAGAACGCAGAAGUUCCGUUUCUGCUGGUAAUCAGGGCCGGGACUGGCAAGUGGUCCAUGAAAAUCCGCUAGAUCCUGAAAUAUCGCUACGAAGGACAAAAUCGCUGUCGAUGAAUAGUAACGGGCAUAUAGAAGAGCCCAAGAAGGAAAAACGUGGGUUUUUCAGGUCGCUUUUCGGCCGGAAGAAGAAGGAUGAGAAUACGAGCGAGAAUGCAGAAAAUAUGCGCAAACCUCAGUCAAACUCACAGUCUUCUGUGUCCAGUAAACGCCGCAACAGUAUCAGCAGCGCAAAACCAUCUGUAUCUGCUGAGCGGUUGAGUUCAGUGCCGGAAGGCGUGCAAGCCCCGGCUCUAGACGAAUCAAGUCGCGAUGCGAGUUGCGAUGCGUCUCGUGAUACCGGUAUACCUUUGACACGAUCCAAGACGGCUCCUACAGGGAAUGGCUCGUGGGAUCCGCGGCUGAAGGAGUUUCUCGAUGAGUGCAAGAAAGAGAUCUCGAGUACGGGUUCCAGACCCACUGGGACCGCAAUCCCGCCAACAUUAGGGAAACGCAGACGGUUCUCCGACAAUUUUCGAGGCAGACCCAACUUUUCGAUUGACGACAGCCUUGAACGACCUGCAUCGGUGCGCAGCUCGAGAGUCGACUUCAAAGGUCGCCCAAUUCCUGCACACCCUGCUAAAUCGCAAUUCCCUUCUGCGCUCAAGCACAAGCCUAGAAGGUCAGCGUCUAACUCGCUUUCCAAACAUCCAACGGCUCCUUCACCAACCACUACGAAUAAAUUUGGCGCUUUUUUGAAAAAGGUCACGUCCCAUGUUGAGGACCAUUCUUUUAUAUCUGACUCGUCAUCAGACGAAUCCUCAGAUGAAUCAAGCGCCGAAACUGAGCUAUCGGUCAAGGAGGGUGAAAUCCCGGGUCUGGAAAAUAUUAAACCUUUGAAACGGGUAGCAUUCGCCACCAAUACGUAUUUCAACGAUCCGCCGCAACAGAUUUGCAGCCGAUUCCCUAGAAAAGGUGAAGUGGAGGUCAAAUCAGAUGGAUCAGUAAUCAUUCAUCGGUUGACCCCAGAAGAACGUCGAGAAAUUCUUCAAAAUACCAGUGCUGGUAUUGUCGUUGGUGGUUCUGGUCAUUUGAAAUUGAUUACAGAUGAUUCAUCGGGAGAAGACGAUGCUAAGCGAGCAGAGGAGAAAAUUCCACCUGGUCAUAUAAGGUCAAGUGACCUCGACAGCUCUAAUGAGUCCUCUGCGCAACGAAGACAGAUCGGACUUGCAGCAGCAGAGGCCGCCGCAGAGGCGCGGGCGAUGGAGCGGCCUGCCGAUGCGGGGAAAGUGGAUGGGGCCACUGAGGAAGACGUUCAAGUUUCUACAUCGGCAUCCAAAGUUACCAUCGACAAGCCUAUGGUUAGUCGAAGGUCAAAUGUUUCCUUGGCUUCUGUAGUGACAGAUGAGAGUGAGACACCAGAUGAACGUUUGCCACCUGAACACCCAUUGAUUCCACACGAUGUGGUGUAUACUCGUUGUUGUCAUCUGCGAGAAAUUCUGCCGAUACCGGCAACCUUAAAGCAAUUGAAAAAGGGCUCCACGGAUCCAAUACCGCUUCUACAGCUUAGAAAUCCUAAACCAUCAUUGGUUGAAGUCUUGUCCUUCAGUGAUUUUCUCAGCAUCUCACCAGUUCUGUGUUUGUCUUUGGAUGGAGUUAAUUUGAGCACCGAAAUGCUGAGAGUAAUUUUGAGCUCUCUCAUGUUCAAAGAGAAUUUUGAGAAGCUGUCGUUGAGAAAUACGCCACUUGAUGACGAGGGCUGGAAGAUUUUGUGCUUUUAUAUUUCAAGGUGCAGGAGUCUUCUGUCCCUCGAUUUGACGAUGGUUCCUGGAAUAACAGUUAACGUCCAGAGGCCGUCCAAGUCUUCCCAAAAAUCGAAAGUUAUUAGAAUGGAAUGCGACAUGAACGAUCGGUCCUCGAUGAAUUGGGAUCUUCUAAGCGCGGCAAUUGUGUCUAAAGGUGGUCUGGAAGAAGUUAUACUUUCGGGAGCCAAAAUGUCGCUUCUAGAGUUCGUCAAUUUCGUCGAGGUUGCGUGUAUCAAGACCGAGAGGUUAGGCCUAGCUUAUAACGACCUUUCGCAAGAACAAUGCUCGGUAAUGGCCAGCUGGCUGGUGAACUCUAAAGUUACGGGAAUUGAUGUUGGCUUUAAUGAUUUAAGAGGAAAGCUGCAAGCUUUCAGCAACGCGGUAAUGAACAAAAUUAAACACACUAAGAACGUCUUCAAAUAUAUUUCUUUCAAUUCGACCAAUUUGGAAGUACCUGAGGGGGCAAAUCCAGGAAACAACGAGGUCCUAAAUUUACUCAACGUCUUGUGUUAUUGUGAGAAUCUGAAAUUCGUGGACUUUUCAAACAAUCCGAAUAUGUUUCCAGGUGUGUUGAACACGUUGACAGACUGUUUGCCCGUAUUUGUCAACCUUAUGCGAUUACACUUGGAUGAUAAUAAUCUUUCGUCAACAUCUGUGGUAACACUGGCGGAAGUCUUACCGAUGUGCAAGAAACUGAACUACGUGUCGAUGAAGGGGACAAAGCUGGAUUUUGCAGCUAGCAGGGCGUUGGCAGCAGCGGUGAGGAAAAGUAAUUCUAUCAUUACAGUGGACAUCAACGAAGAGAAUGUUCCUGACAAGAUAAAGGAGAAAAUCUCAAUUUACUCUAUGCGCAACAUGGAGGCAGAAAUCCAGCGCGUCAAUAAUCCACAAGUAAACAAAGUUUCCAAUGACUUGUCUUGCUUGCAGGAUGAAUUAGCAGAGCUUUUGACGGACAAGCCAUCCACAACAGAGGAAUUGGAUGAGGGAGUUCGCAAAUUUCUGCUCAGGCUCGACAAAGCUCGUGGCCUUAUUAAGAGACUCACUGAAGACCUUUUUGAGUUGAGGGUAAAUGGUCAAUUGAGCAGAGAGGGCAAAGAAACGCUUAUAAGAUUUUGUUUUUUUGAUGCGACAUUCGAGAGAGGUCUGGAACUUCUGGCCAAGCGCUACAACAAUAAGAUCCCGGCACUAAACAAGUACACAAAUUUGGGCUCUUCGUCUGAUAUCAUUGAUGGAGAAGAUGAAAAGAACACUCAUUUGGCCAACAACGAUGGAAUACAUCGUACGGCUUCAGCUGCAACGUUGUCGUCAAUGCAUUUUAAGAAAACCGGCCACUCGGCACUUCUGCCCUUCCAUCAACCUUCGCUUGAGACUCAGGACCCAGCAGAAGACGCCAUAGAGAUCAAAGAUGACGUUUCAAAGGCAGGACAAGCGGCAGACUCACAACUCCGAGAGGAAGGCACAGUGCUGCGCAACACCCACGAUCUCAUGCAGCAGCUAAGUCGGAAAGGGGACGAAGGAGAGAACAUGGAUCUUCCACAGCACCUGAAAGAUGCCGCUGCAGCGUACGAUGGCGGGGUCAUUAAGGAUUUUAUUCUCAGUCAUGACAUUACAUCCGUGGUUAGCGUUCUUGAAAACCUGCAGAAAGAAGGUGUCGAGUUGGAAGACUUUUUCAAGAAGAGCAAUAAAGCUUCAGAAUCAUCUGUCGACUCAAAGGCACUAUCGCCCAGUGCGAACUCAAUUGUCGGGGUCCAGGCCAACUUGAUGGACUCUCGUGGUCGUGCGGCUGAAAGUAGCGACUCAGAAACGGACUCAGAUGUGAGUUCUAAACAUGAAGAACAUGCCAUAGACCGGGCCUACGACCAAAUCUUAGACAACAUCGAACGAGUGCGAACCAAUAAUAACUCCUAA